CGAAAUGUCAGCAAUUCAGGCGACCAAGAAUAAUCAGAAUAGUUUAUAUAAAAUCCCAAACCCACCACAGAGCUAUCAUGGACCGAAAGGAGACGAACUUGAUAUCGAAGAGGAAAUUGACGAUAAGAUUUAUGUACAAGAGGAGUAUAAUCUUGUACACAGGAAAGCCAAGAUCUACCCAGUUCUUGUACAGCAUUACAGCCAGAUUAGCUCACAUGAGCCAAGCUAUACCUCUGAUAACCCUCAGGAGAAUGUUGAUGCGGAUGCAAGAAUCGACCAAAUGCUCCAAGAAGCAGGCCUAGAUCUGUUCAGUGAUGAAGAAAGUCUUGAUAGUGAAGCUGAAGAAGGUGCUGAAAACAUUGAGAUUAGAGAGAAGAUUGAAGAGAUUAAGAGAAUCAUCUCUGUAUCCACACUAUUCCAAGAGAAAGUCAUGCUAGUCAACAAGUUGCAUGAAUAUGCGAGAGAAAUUGGUACUAAAAGAACAAUUGAGCAUAUUGUUGAGCUUAUCAUCCCUAAAGUUAUCCACAAUGAAAAGCCUCAAGUAAAGAAAGCUAUCAUUCCUCAACUUCUAAAGCUGGCUAAAUUUCUGAUUGCUUCUAAAGAUGGACAUGAAGCAGUUGUGAAUAACCUCAUUGGAGAAUAUCAAGCUUUGCUUUCUGACCAAAAUCCAGAUAUUUCAAAGAAAGCUUGUGAGUCUUUACUAGGGAUAUCUAACUUACUAUCAAUGGAAGAUAGGUCGAACUAUAUCCUACCUAUAAUUCUAGGCCUUGCUCAUGACAAUGAGGAGGAAGACUCCCGUUGACUUGCUUUGCAACUUCUCAGCCAUUUCUCCUCCCUUGUUGAGAAUGAGUAUCUCGAGAAGAUAAUUGUUAGUGAAAUUAUCUCUUUGUCAGAUGAUCCAGUACUAAAUGUUAGGAGAACCACUGUAGUAUUCUUAGUCAACAUUUGCAAAAAUGUCAGGCAGGAUACAUUCGAGAGCAAGCUAUUCCCAGUGUAUUACAAACUUGCUUAUGAUAAUGUCUGGGGUGUGAGGAAAGCAGCCGUUGAGAUCCUCCCAGAUAUCUCUCAGAUCAGCUCUCCUGAGCUCAGGUCUCAACAUUUAGUGGAUCUUUAUAAGAAGUUUACUCAAGAUACCUCUAAAUGGGUGAAGAUGGCUGCUCAUCAAUAUCUGGGUCCAUUCAUUGCAACUCUGAAAGGACAGACCAUUGACAAGUCAUUGGUGAACUAUUUUUUGAGCAUGGGUGAUCCUAGAAGAGCUUCAUUUAAUUCUGAUGUAGCAUUCCACUGUGCAUUCAACUUCCCAGCAGUUCUUCUAACUCUUGGAAAAGAGAAGUGGCCAGAUUUGAAAAGGCUUUACAAAAUUUUGGUAAGAGAUAAUCAAUGGAAGGUGAGGAAGACCCUUUCUUACUCCUUACAUGAGAUCGCCAAGAUUCUUGGCCCCGAUCUAACAGAGGAUGAACUCCUUCCAGUCCUUGAAGGAUUCCUUAAAGACACAGAUGAGAUCAGAAAUGGUGUCCUAAUCCACCUUGCAGACUUCAUUAGAAUCCUCAGACCCAAGGUUAGAGAGAAGUGUAUCAGUCUUCUCGGGCACCUAGAAAGCGAGUCUAACCAUUGGAGGUUAAGAAAGCUUCUAGCUGCGCAGCUUAAAGAUUGCGUUGAGUUAUUCGAGCCAAAGGUGGUGUACAAAAUUCACUAUCCGAUUGCACUUAAACUCUGCAAGGAUGAAGUUGCUGAAGUCAGGACUAUGGCUUGUUGCAAUAUUCCGAUCAUCCUUAAAACACUUCAAAAGCAGAAAUCGAAGGACUAUUUUGAGAGAGUAAUUGAAGAUUUAUUCCAAAUCUCUUCUUCUGAAAGAUAUGCUCACAGGCAAAUCUUUGUUAUCAUGUGUGCAAAUAUUCUUCAUGAGGAUCUAGCGAUGUUCUGUAGGCAUUUCAUGCCCCAUUUCAUUGAGAAGCAAGAAGACAGAGUGGUUAAUGUUAGAAUUGUCCUUGCCAGAUAUUGUGGAAGAUUCUUAUCUAACUUCAGAGAGCCUGAGCAACCAUCAGAGACUUCCUCUGAUGUCAGCUCUGCUGUUGAAGAGCAAAUUGAGCAAAAAGAUGACUCUAAUAUCCAUAAACAUCGUAGGAGGUAUGAGAGACUUCUUUGUGAGAAGAAGUUUAUGAAAAUGAUUAUCCGUCUUAAGAACGAUGAGAAGCCUGACGUUGGCCGAGAAAUCACAGAGAAUAUAGAUUUUCAAAAAUUAAUGAAAUUCAUCAAACAAAACGAAGAAUCUGUCAAAGACAUUGAUCUUCUUGAAGAAUUUCCUGAUGAAAUUGAGGAACAAAAAUGCGCUCAUGAAGAUAGUGAAACUACAGCAAGUUUUGCUCUAAACCCAGAAUCCUCUUUACUCCUAACAGAAGAGGAAGAUGACGAUAACCCUGACUUCUCUCUAUCAGCUCCUAACGCUUCUGUUGGUCUCUGGUCACUGCAAUCCACUAGAGUGAUCAUCGAUGAAGUCAUUUCUCAAAGCUCUGACGACACUGAAGAAGUAGACUCCAUCGACGACUAAACUUCUAAAUCUCUAAACACAUAACUUCUUUCAACGUGUA